AUGUACGCAACAACAGUCUACGUUAUUUCAAUUGGGUGUGUUUUCUUACUAUGGGUGUUCUUCACGGCUGGGCUCGCCACUGUCCUGAGUGUCUACAAAGCCUUCAUCUCCACCGCAUACAAUCACCUAGCACGCCAGACUCCCCAGCUGCUAAGAGGGAACACCAACGUCACUCGCACAGAGGCCCUCCUAUAUCUUGUGUAUAUCAUCGGGAAUAUUAUCGCCGUCUUCGUUGAAGACCUUACCCGCAAGGGAAUACAGAGCCGAGCUGGAUUUCUCGCUUUGAUUAAUAUGGCCCCUUUGGUCUUGGUCGGAAGACCUAACAGCCUUGUCAACAGCUACAUGAUUUCCCAGCGCACACAGGAGCGCCUGCAUACUGUGAUAGGGUACAUGGUGCUCGUACAAUCCGUAAUACACACCGCUAUUGGUAUCUCCAUGAACCAGAACCAAAGAAGUUUCACGGGGUAUCUUGCGGUGGGCGGUAUCACUUUUCUCUGCGUCUUCAUGGCCAAGUUUUGUCGUAGCCUGGCGUUCGAGGCAUUUCGUGCGCUGCAUGUGCUUGUGGCGCUUCUAGUUCUUGUCAGCUUGAGCCUACAUGUGCAGAUCACUCGUAUUCCGCUUCUCCGCACCGGCCCCAGCAUCUGCGUAUUUGUGAUAGUCGCUCUCUGGGCAGCGCUCAUUGUUUUUCGAGUGGUUAGGUCUAUCUUUAGCAGUCUCGGGGCACGUGCCUACGUCAUCGGCCACGAAAAGGAUGAUGGAAUUGUCCAGAUAGUUGUCGACUUCAGAAAUCCCUGGUUCAAGUUUCAACCGGGCCAAUUUAUGUAUAUCACGAUCCCUUCAAUUAGCUCUAGCGCCGUUUUGCAAUCUCAUCCAUUUCAACUAGUUUGGUGGGAUCAGCCACUUUCGAGGGCCUUCUUCCUGGUCAGGCCUGGAAAGGGCUUCACCCGCAAUCUUCUUCAUCACCGCUCUGCAUGGAUGAGUAGGGGAGAGUCUACGGAGGAUCCAAUAAUGAUGGCGACUACACUAAGGACGAUUGUCGAAGGCCCUUACGGUCUUUCUGAUCUGAAACUUGGAUCUUAUGGGACUGUCUUGAUGGUGGCCACUGGACUUGGCAUAGCCAGCCAACUUCCGUAUAUCAAGCAUCUGCUUGAUGCGCACCAUAGUCGUAGUGUUACAACCCAAAAAAUAAAGCUUUUCUGGGAGGUGCAGAUGGAAGGCCACAGACACUGGGUUUCCCGAUGGAUGGCUGAAUUGAUGAAAGCGGACCUUGAUCAUAUUUUAUCUAUAUCAAUAUUUAUUACAAAAAACGCCGACUUCUCCGGCCUUUUGAUGCAGGAAGUGACGAACCGGGUUGGCGAUAUCAUUAUCACAGUGUGCGCAAAGAACGAUACAAAACGGGACAUCAGAACGCGCAUCGGAGCAAGUUUGGGAGGCGGUGUGGUCCUCAAGGAGCUCGAUUUUGAACCUUCGGAAUAA